UGCCUUUCGCCUUCGGUGCGAGUCGAAGACGAACUUGCCUCCGAGAAGGGGAUAAACUGCCGCGAUCCAACGCAACCGGCCCUGCGCUCUCUCUCCCCCCGCGUCCCAUUCGAGCCUUGGCAGUUGCCUUCCGAGCAACGCCGCUUUCACCCGCGACAGUUGCUCAUCGUCGUGUCGCCUGAACACAGCACUUGAGUGGAAAGCCAUGGAGUUUUCACCGGCCGCUAAAUCGGCCAGACUCUUCCUGGUCGCCGCACUUCUUGCCUUCUGUGCACGCGACGCCGCCGCUGCAAGUGGAGCGGAACGCGUACGCCGCGACGCCGAGGACUUCGAGUGCCCGUUCCCCGACGGGAUGUUCGCCAACCCCGACACCUGCCGUCGCUUCUACAUCUGCUCGGGCGGCACGCCCUUCAGCCAGGCCUGCCCGCCCUCGCUCUACUUCGACGACGCCAAGAAGUUCUGCACGUUCAAGAACAAGGAGCUUACCUGCGGACCAGUUGAAAGCACAACCACGGAGCGGCCAAAGCACGACCCGGACACUGCGCCCAAGUGCGAUCCGUCGACGUGUGUGCUCCCCGAGUGCUUCUGCAGCGUCGACGGAACGCGCAUCCCCGGAGACCUGGAGCCCAAGGACGUGCCCCAGAUGGUGCUCAUGUCCUUUGACGGCGCCCUGAACGGCAUGAACUUCCCGCAGUACCGGGCCCUACUGCACAAGGAGCACCGCAAGAACCCCAACGGGUGCCCCAUAAAGGCAACCUUCUUCCUGUCGCACGAGUACACCAGCUACUUCAACGUGCAGAGGAUGUUUGCCGACGGCCACGAGUUUGCCUCCCUGGGCGUCACGCACCGCGGCCCCGAGAGCUGGUGGUCCAAGGCCAAGUACGAGAACUGGACCGAAGAAAUAGUGGGCAUGCGCGAGAUCUUGUCCCGCUUCGGCAACGUCUCCAAGGAGACCAUACUGGGCAUGCGUGCCCCCUACCUGAAGCCAGGCGGCAACACCAUGCUCAACAUGAUCUACGACUUCGCCUUCGCAUACGACUCAUCGUUCGCCGCGCCACCCAGCAAGACGCCGCUGUGGCCAUACACGCUCGACCACCGCAUCCCGCACCACUGCGUCAACAAGGGCUGCCCUACGCACUCGUACCCGGGCGUGUGGGAGGUGCCGCUCAAUACGCUGCACAGCGAGGAAGGCACCGGCGGUCAGUGCGCGCUCGCCGACCAGUGCGUCUUUCCAGAUGACGAGGACACUGUGUUCGAGUUCCUGCUCGAGAACUUCCUGCGCCAUUACCGCACCAACCGCGCGCCACUGGGACUCUAUUUCCGCGUCAACUGGUUCACCGACAAGAUUAAGACCAAGGCGCUGCACCGGUUCGUGGACCACAUACUGAAGAACUACGACAAUGCCUGGUUCGUCACCAUGCAGCAGGCACUGCUGUGGAUGCGCUCGCCACGGCGCAUCGCCGAGUUGCGCGACUUCGAGGCGUGGGGUUGCUCCAAGCGUGAGCCGGCCUGCAACCUGCCGACUACGUGCGCGCUGCCCUUCGCGGACGAGUACUCGUACGGCGAGCUGCGCUACAUGGAGACGUGCACCGCGUGCCCCGCGCGUUACCCGUGGAUCGGCAACUACGGCGGCCAGCAGGUCGGCAAGAUGAUCAUGGACGAAGUGGCCGAGCAGAACCGGCAGUCGGCCGUCGAGGGCUCCGGCAGCGAUGAAGACUACAACGUCACCAGCGCGGCAGCCUAGUUGGCUUGUCGCGAGCGCGCCACAGGCCAUCGAGGACACUCCGCGAGUGUGCGAGCUCCCGACACCGGAGGAACUCGAAGCUAGACAUGGAGAUCGAUACACGCACAGAGUUGGGCCGCUUUCGCCAAGAGCGAAGCUGUGAAAUGGCAGAAAAAGCAAGCUCCCUGUGUCAUCACAAAUUGUGACAGUGUUUGGAUAGCUGCUUAACUGUUGGUAGCUACAAGGAAGUUCACUAAAUACGCCAUUUAAAAAAAAAAUCGCAUUACAGCUUUAUUACAUUUAUACAGAAAAGUAAAUAAAUAACCGUAUAAAAGGAGUGGACUGCCACAUCUUGAAGUCAUCGAGGCCCCUCUUUGGCCAAGAAAGAGACUGUGAAAAAAAUCUGACAUCCAGUUGCGAAUUCUUCAGUUCUGAGGAUACCUACCCUUUCGCACUGAACGAAUAGUGAGGGCAUUCUAAAAGAGUCACCUACCAGUCUGGGCCGAUUUAUUGCUUGUUUGCUUCAGUGCCCCUUUAGGAGUGGAAGGCGCUCACAUCGUUUGUUCUCUUAACGACACGCGGGCAGACACCGUCAAAGUUCGUCCCAACCGCGCUCAUGCGGCAAUGAAUGGACGUUCGAUGUCGGAUUUUAAUUUCAUUGACAAUCUAAGGACAACUCUGGCAUCUAGCUGCUAUGUGCGACUGAAUACAUUUGUUUAUCAGAUAGGUAGUUAAUAUCAUGUCAAUGCACAAGAGGCCAUUGCUUGAGUUCACUUAGCAACAGCCCGUUAGUCACAAUGCGAGGAACAAAUACAUGAUCUGUUGUCAAUACUAAGCGCCGAGAAACACACCGAUUGUCAUGGUUACUGUCAAACCUCACCCAGAUAUGUGGUAUCCUGAGAUCAGAGCGAAAGCAUGUCCGGUAUAGUAAGAACACAUAAAUUCGCAGCAAAUGCCAUCGUCGUCCGAUACGCCUCUCUACUAAACACGCACAAAGCAGUAAAAAAUUUAAGCACCAAAAUUUGUAACGAUGCCAGAAAUAAACUUCAACUUUUCUCUCUGCUUCCAGGCACCAGCUUGUUGCAGAUGCGCAAGCGAGCGUACCGAACUGCGCCGCGUAAACAAGAAUACGAGCCGUCGAAUUGCUCUUAAGUACCGCACCGCUUACUAUUACGAUGGGCACUUUUUCGGUAAGUUACUGUCUACUUAGCGUUCAAAUCCGUGGCCCCAGUGUCACUCCGCAGGGCGCAAAACGCACUUUAGCACGCUGUGUUUCUGCAAAACAGUAAUGCACGGCAUGAGCUGCACUCAAUGCCAACAAUUUGCUGCAAAUUCUCGAUAACACGAACCACUAGGCGUCACACAGAGAUACGGUUUCUUAAAGGCGAAGAUUGUACGCGGCACUGGAGAAGGCCAUGCCAGAACUUGGGGGAAAAGUGUAUUAUCCCGAAAUGUAUAUCAGCUAAUAUUGUGCUAAAGUACAAUAGUUAUGUCGUUCUUGUCAAAAAUACCUGCCCACAAACAGACAUAUCAAGCGUGCGAAAUGCGGGGUUUCAAGUUUCAGUGGCACAGCCACAUCAGUACUUUCGCUGGCAUGGGUACAAAUUGAAGGAUGACUGUGGAGGUUCCGCCUCGCCUUCAGGAUUGGAGACCAGGGAAUGCGCCGCCCAUUCUCGUUCGCUCGCUGUAUACGCGGUACACACUUUGUUGCUUUGUUGUUGCUCGUGUACUUCGUUUUGUAGACCCAUAAUCAUAAUUUAUCCUGUUUGAGAAUAUGUGCGCAUUUUGCUCAUGUCCACAUGCAUAGUUCUUGUUCUUUUCUUUUUAAGUUUUCAUAAUGCUCACUAUUCAUCAAUGCAUUACUUUUCAUGUGUGCGUCAGUGCUGUGUACAAAGCUCUCUGUUGACAUGUUACCGAUCGAGAACAGAAAGUUUUCUCAAAUAUGUCCUAUUCUCUGUGCCUAUCGAGUCACCGUUGCACCACGCAUACCGUCUAACAGGUUGAGCUGUACUGUGAAAUUUCAAUUUUAACAACAUCUACAUGAACCUUUCACACUGCUCGAAACACAACUCAGAACUUGAAAGAAAAAAACUUUAAGCCAGCUGAGAGUAGCACCACCCUACAAAGAAACUCGCAUAGGCUUCCUCUGCAACUUCGUGCUACUCUCGAAUGAAAGGCCAUUUUUACUUUUCAAUAGGACUUCACAACCUUACGGCAUUUCCGCACAGCUGGUGAACUUGCAGUUACUUGUUAUAUGAUUUUUUUUUUUUGCUUCAAGUUCCUGGAUUACUGCCGCCUUUCAAAUGCCUUAUCGAGGGUCUUCACGUUUCCCAAAUGAUAAAUGAAACAUCACCGCAACAACCGCUGAGGGCAUGACGAGCUUCAUUUGUGUACAUCUUUUUGUCAUUCGAAUAAAGUUCGUGUCUUUA